CACCUCUCCCUCUUUACAAUUUUCAGACUUGAUGCCGGUUUGAAUCAGCCUUGUGUCUUUGAUCGCUCAUCAUGAUGCGUUACUGGGGAGAGAUCCCUGGACCUGCAGGGGCGCCUCCCAGCCGCAGCUCCUUUGACUUGCUCCAACGUGAGUUUCGCUCUGUGGAGAUGCAGGACCCUCCCCUGCACCAGCCCUCAGCCCAGCGUCCGCGGCCCACCACAAUGUUAGACAUCCCCUCAGAACCCUGCAGCCUCACCAUCCACACUGUGCAGCUUUGUCAGCAUGCUCGCCGCCUCCGUGGCCUCUUGGCAGCGGCCCAGGCUCAAGCUCAGGGUCAGAGCUCAGCGUCAUCUGAAGGGGGCAGCAGGAUGGAGGAGGCUGAUACCAACUUCCCACUACGUCCUCCCACCCCACCUGUCAUGCCAGAUGAUCUGUUACCUGUGGACAGCAAAGCCCCACGGCAACCCUUCCAGCUCCGCCACAGUGACCCUGAAAGUGACUUUUAUAAGGGUAAAGGCGAGCCUGUCACAGAGCUGAGUUGGCCCUCCUGCAGGCAGCUCCUCUAUCAGUCAGUGGCCACCGUCCUGGCUCAUGCUGGCUUUGAAUCUGCUCAGGAGAGUGUGCUGGAGACUCUGACCGACCUGGUCCAUGAGCAUUACCUGCGCCUCACCCGCCUGCUGCGGGUGGCGGUGGAUCGGGAGGCGCGGUUAGGGGCAAGUCCCUUCCCGGACGUGGUGGAGCAAGUGUUCCAUGAGGUGGGCAUCGGCAGCGUGCUGGCCCUGCAGCGCUUCUGGCAAGUGAGGAUCAAAGACUAUCACAGCUACAUGCUGCAGGUCAGUAAGGAUCUGUCGGAGGAAUACGAGCGGCUGGUGAACCCAGAGAAGGCUCUGGAGGACUCCAAGCCCCCGAGGAUUAAGGAGGAGCCCAUGAGUGACAUCUCCUUCCCUGUUAGCGAGGAGCCUGAGGCCGACCUGGCCUCUGGGGACCAGGCUCUGCCUAUGGGGGUCCUCGGGGCCCACGGUGAAAGGCUGGCUUCAGGCCUGGAUGGUGACCAUUCUCCUCACACCUCAGGUGGGGGCGGGGCCAACAACUCCCCUCUGUGGCCGCAGGUGAAAAUGGAGCCGCAGGACGGCGAGGAGGGCCAGGGCUCGGGCCACCACCACCACCAUCACCACGGUGUCCUGGGCGGAGAUGUCUUCGAGGAGGGGGGGCCCAUGUCCACCAUGAGCGAAUCGGGAGGAGCCAUGGCACCUUCACCGGGAGGCGCUGCGUCAGACGGCAGCUAUGCCUCGCAUUCGCCUGACUCCCUGAUGGGCACGUCGCCCGUCUUCAACCAGAGACCCAAGAAACGGGCGAAGAAGAUGUGAAAGAGAAGCUGUGAGUGUCGGAGGAGAGACAGUGGACUCUAAACUCACCGGCCAAUCCUGGACAGGUGGUGAAAUACACCAGCUGUCGAGAUCAUGGCCACUGCAUAAACAGAGACAAAGACUUUAGUGUCAUGAAAGAACUGAACUGAUGGAGAAAAAAAUAUAUUUUGUAGUUUUUCAUGUUUGUUUUUAUGAGUCUAGUUUCUCUCAAAUAGCUGAAGAUGUUGCCACUAAAUAUAUUGAUGGGGUUUAUUGUCAAAAGAAUAUCUUCUAAAUCAUUUGGAUGAUCCUUUUUCAUUUGAAUUAUAAAAAAAAUGCACACAAAAAAAAGAGUUUCAACCUAAUGAAUUGAAGAACAGGAAAAACUAAGAGGUCCAAAAGCAAAUCAUUUAGUUAAACAGCUUAAUAAUUCAUCAGAAUGGUUUGUUUUCCCAAGCUAUUAACUCCCUUUCCCCCCCAUACCAAUUACUUUCUGUACCAUUCAUUACGAUUAAAAGACCCUCCACCAAAAAGGGAAAACAACUUUUUUUUUUUCCCUCAUGAACAUGUCGUUUCAUUAUAUGAUGUGUUUUUCAACCCGUCGUCUCCCUGCCGCAGUAACUCUUCACAUGUCGCCCAGCAACACAAGCGGAGCCAACCACACAGAGACACACACACUUCACACACCUGUCAACCUGAAGCCACUCCGCCAAAUUAGCAUCUGUUUCAGUAAUGAGGCAAAGCUGUGAAUGCAACACCAGAGGCAAUUAUGGUUUGGUAGUCUGCAUCAUGAAGGCGACAUCAAUCCAGUCUUAAUGGCAAAUUAAUUACGGCAUGCAUAAUUUUGCAUGCUGAAUGAGCAGGUCUGUUUGAAUACAUGUGAUGUUCUUUUGUGUGGGCCUGUUCAUUUUCACAAUUAGUCAGAUAAUUGUCUGCACCUAUGGGAAGUGCUGAUAGGGGUCAUAUGCAUUGAUAUUCAAUUUGCUGCAUUGGUGGUUGGUUUGUGUUUUGUUUUUUUGGUGCACAACUUUAAAAAAAAAAAAAAAUGUAUCUGGUCUGCAGCGCUGUGUGACCCGGGUGGGAGUUGGAGCAGCUGGAAAACAAAAUCAGUAUUCCAGACUUAGCAUCGACACAGGGAGCCUUUUCAAAACUAAUGACUGUAAAGCAGUGUCACCUGCUUCUAAUGGGAGUCCUGAAUUAUUUUCUGCUCUGACAUUCUGCGGGUAAAACUCCACGGUUGCAGCAGAAAAACAAACGUCAGCAAUGGCGUCGUCACUCCCAGGCCGCGGUCGAAAUGUCAAACAGAUCUCCUUUCCUAACCACAUUUCCUGGACCUCGAUGGAAAACGUCAUGAGGUCAAGGAAAGAUGUGAAGGAGAAUUCAUAAUGACAGGAUCCGAAAGCGAUCAGACUAGGAUUUAUUUUAAACCAACUUUACAACACAUGGACAAUAAAUAUUAAUUUCCAUGAAACAUGAAAGAAAUAUACAAAUAGAAAGAGUUGAGGCAUUAAAGUAAUAAUUCAAUAAAAAAAUAAAGAACUGAGUAAAGGGCCUGGAUAAAUUCUAUUCUUCUAUAUAUGUGAGAGUUUUGUCCUUUUUUUUCACCAUUUGAUAAGUAAAGAAUUGUUUUUAGUUCAUUCCCUAAUUUGGAGGGGGACUGCAAUGUUGUGUUGUUUUAAAUAUUGCUGCAGCAAGGAAUUGUGGGACGGCAUCAGCUCCUUUCCUUUCCUAAAGGAAGGUCCAGUGUAUCUCUCAUCAUGGAGGGCAUUGUUGUCCUGGAGGAACAUGAGAAGAAGACAUGUUAACCUCAGUGUAGUGCAGUGCCUGCACUUCCAAAAUACAAAAAUAUUUUUCUAGGAUGGAAAUGGUUUAGUUGUAUAUUUUGGUUAAUAAGAAAGAAAGUGGUUUUUUUUGUAAAUAAAAUAUAAACAAAUGUA